AUGAACGGUUUCGAAAGUACUAAACUAAUAAGAGAUUUUGAAGAAAAAAACUAAUAUUAUGGUUAAUAAAACAAAAAAACUAAAUUAAAUAAAAAUAUGUAAUAAUAAUAACCCUAAUACUAUCCUGCAUUUUAAUAACAACAACCAAAUUAACAAUAUCCAACUAAUUAUUAAUAAAAUUAACAAGGUGCUUAUUAAAUGCCCCAAAAUUUAGGGAUGCAAAAUUAAAAUAUGCAACCACCUUAAGGAUUACCAAUAGUAUAAGGAAUGCCAGUAGCGCAAGUAAUGCCAUAAAAUUAAGGAAUGUAAAUAUAAUAAGGAAUGCCAAUAAAUCUUGUAGCAAAUCCAAAUAUUUAAUUACCAAGAACAGCAGACAACGUAGGAUACCCAGCUUUAAUAGUGUGCCCAGGAUGUAAUAAUUAAGUAACUACUAUAACAAACGCAUAAGUAGGAGACCAUACAUGGAUUUGUUGUAUAAUAUUAUGUCUUACAGUAGGUUGUUGCUGUAUUCCAUUUUGUGUUGAUGAUUGUUAAGAUAAAAUACAUACAUGUCCUUCUUGUGGAGCUUAUGUAGGAAAAAAAGAAUAUAAAAUAUGUUGA